UCAGCCACUUGACGUCUACUUUCAAUCGUAUUUAUCACGCUCUACUUACAAGCGUCGAGUGAUUGUAAUUACACUUUUACGUGAAACCUGAGUUCAAUAAUCAGUAUGAGUGGUGAACCUCAAGCGAAACGCACCAAAAUGAGCGUCCUCGAUCAAUUAAAACAAUACUCCACGGUGGUGGCCGAUACCGGCGACUUUGAAGCUAUGAAGGAGUACAAGCCAACAGAUGCAACUACAAAUCCCAGCUUAAUAUUGUCAGCAGCUGCUAUGGAACAGUAUCAACACAUUCUUGACAAAGCAAUCAAAUAUGCCAAAGAAGCCGGCAGUACUGUGGAGGAGCAAGUUGCUGAGACACUUGAUAUGCUCAGUGUUUUGUUUGGUUGUGAAAUAUUGAAGAUCAUUCCCGGUAGAGUCUCCGUUGAAGUUGAUGCAAGAUUGUCCUUCGAUAAAGAUGCAAGCAUUGCAAAGGCUAUCAAACUGAUUAACAUAUUUGCCGAGUAUGGUAUCAAAAAGGAACGCAUUCUUAUUAAGUUGGCAUCUACUUGGGAAGGAAUCCAGGCAGCUAAGGAACUUGAGAAGAAACAUGGCAUUCAUUGUAACUUGACCCUUCUGUUUUCCAUGUACCAGGCUAUUGCUUGUGCUGAAGCUAAUGUUACUUUAAUUUCGCCUUUCGUCGGAAGAAUAUUGGACUGGUAUGUUGAGCAUACAAAGAAGACUUACGAAGCUAAGGAAGACCCUGGCGUUUUAUCGGUAACCCGCGUCUACAACUACUACAAAAAGUUUGGAUACAAAACCCAAGUAAUGGGCGCGUCUUUCCGCAACACAGGCGAGAUCCGCGAGUUAGCUGGAUGCGACCUCCUCACUAUCAGCCCCAAACUCCUGCAGGAGCUGGCUGCCAGUGAACAACCCUUGAAGAGAGUUCUGGACCCUAAACUGGCUGCUCAGUUGGACAUGGAGAAGGUCUCUCUAAAUGAGGCUCAGUUCCGUUGGCAUCUAAAUGAAGAUCAGAUGGCCACCGACAAAUUGUCAGAUGGCAUCAGGAAAUUUGCAGCUGACACCAGAAAAUUGGAGACUCUGAUCAAGGCUCUCCUGGCUAAGAAGUGAAGUUCUCUUCCUAUGGGUGAUUAAUUUGGGUUAUAGUGGCACAAUUUAGACUUAAGCGAAAUUUUAUUAUAAGAAGUAAACAACAACAAAAUUAAAAUCUUUUUACCAUGGUUUUCACUUGUUUAUAUGUCUACACAUGUUGUUUUAUAUUGUUUUUUUUUAAUAGAUUUACGUUUUUGUAUAAUGUAAUUGGGACCAAUGACUGUUGAUACAUUCCUGUACAAAACUUAUAUUGAAGGGUAAAAGAAUAUUAAAAAUAUUUUCAAAAAAA